AUGUCUACCACACAAGUUGUCAUCGUCGGUGGCCACGGCAAGGUCGCGCUCCGUCUGUCGAAGCUACUCGCGAACGACGGCAAACACACCGUAACAUCCAUCAUUCGCACACCGGACCACAUCCCGGACCUCAAAGCCGCCUCGCCAGCGAUCCAACCGCUCAUUCUGUCUCUCGAAGACGACUCCGUGUCUGACUUCGCUAAAGUCUUCACGGGCAAGGACGUCGUGGUCUUCGCUGCGGGUUCAGCUGGAAUCGGCGGACUCGAGCGGCUCAUUAAGGUCGAUGCAGAGGGCGCUAUUAAGGUGUUCGAUGCUAUUGAGGCUGUGGAGGGGGCGAAGAAGCCGAGGCUUGUGCUGGUCGGCACAACAGACUCGCGCGACCAUAAGGCGGCCCCUCCGCCUCACUACGAUGAAGGUGACCUCGAGAUGACGAAGAGCAACUACGAGAAGAUCGGGCCGUACUUGGACGCCAAGUAUAUGGCGGACAAGAACCUCGCUCAGCGUACGGCGUUCAAGUGGACUACUGUUCGACCGGGUUGGUACACGGACGAGCCGGGCACCGGGAAGGCUACUAUCGGCCGCACGCAUCUGGGGCCGUCUAUCUCGCGCGACGACGUCGCUCUCGCGCUGAGCAUUCUCGUUGAUCGGGAGGACGCUGGAGGUCUUGCUGUUGAUAUUGUUGGAGGGGGCGAGAAGACGAUUGCGGAGGGUCUUGAUGCGUUCAUCGCGAAGGGCGAAUCGGACUUCUUGGGUUGA